AUGGCAGAAAGAAGAAGGCCCUUCAAUGUGAGGGAAGCAAUGGAGGAACUCAUGGGACCUAGUGGACGAAAUUGGGCCAGUAUGGAUCCAGAAGAACAAAUGUUAGCGGCUGCUACAGCUUUCACCCAGAUCUGUGCAGGGCAGGGUGAGGGAGAUGUCAGGAGAGAAGCCUGGCCUACCCAAUACGAUCCCUACAGCAAAGCUUUACUAACCCAAUAUGAUCCUUACAGCAAAGCUUCAGUAACCCUAGGAAAGCGACAUGCUCUUCCUGAGCAACUGCAGUACCCACAUGCAACAAGUAACGUCACCUCAGAAACAGCCUCGGAGGCCUCCCAAAGACCCCGAAAGCCAGUGAUGAAGAGAAAGGUGCUGCGUAGGAAGCCCGAUGGGGAAGUAUUAGUGACAGAUGAGUCCAUUAUCAGUGAAUCAGAGUCUGGUACAGAAAUUGAUAUGGAUCUCUGGGAUUUAAGACAAAGGCUGAUGAACCUUCAGUUCCCAAAAGGCGGGGAGUCCCCUGUUGAUAUUUCAGAAAAACUUCAUCUUCCACAUGAAUACCAAGAUCAGCUCAAUAGCAUUCUACAAAGAGAAGCAAUGGGCCCCCCAGCUUAUGAACAAGACCUGAUUGUUGCCAGCCGACCAAAGUCCUUCAUUCUCCCAAGGCUGGACCAGUUAAGCCGAAACCGGGGCAAGAUAGACCGGGUGGCCCGCUAUUUUGAGUACAAACGAGACUGGGACUCCAUGCGAUUACCUGGUGAAGAUCACAGGAAGGAGUUACGCUGGGGUGUCCGAGAGCAGAUGCUUUGUCGAGCAGAACCGCAGUCCAAGCCUCAGCACAUCUAUGUUCCAAACAAUUACCUGGUGCCAACUGAGAAGAAAAGAUCUGCCCUUUGUUGGGGUAUUCGCUGUGACCUUGCAAAUGGUGUUAUGCCCAGGAAGCUUCCCUUCCCUCUUUCCCCUUCUUAA